AUGAAAAUCACACAGUCACAAAUUCUACAAAAUCAUCUGGAUGGAAUUAGCAAGAAAAUAUCUGAAAUUAAGGAUGAAAUCAAUGCAGUUGAAAAAAAUGUGAACUCUAAAGACAUUUCAAAGCUGUUGAAAAUUAAAUCUAUUGUAGGAAAAUAUAGAAACCUUCCACAAAAGCUUGUAACAUGUUUGCCAAGAUUUGAACCAGAGAAAAUCGAAGGAAAAAAUCUUGUCAAACUGUUUGGAACUUUAUCACUGAGUUCUUUAACUGCAGAUGAACAUGGGUACAGCUUCAAGACUACAGAAAAAUCACCAGAUGCUGGAUCCUCCCCUUCAAUUAAACAACUGCUUGAUGAACCAGAGAUUGUCACCACCAUAGAUAUAGAUACAGGUUAUAGACACCUUCAUAACGUGGCCUGUAUGAGUGAUGAAGAAAUUUGGACAAGUGGAGAUGACAGCAAUAUGAAACUCUUCAGCAUCAACCAGGGAUCACCACUCAAGUCAAUCACAACUACGUCAAUGAAAGCACCAGAUGACAUUGCAGUGACUUUAAGUGGAGAUCUAAUAUAUACUGAUUACCAUGAUAGAACUGUGAACAUUGUGAAAAAUAAGAAGAUUCAGAAGGUGAUCAGACUACUGAAAUGGAAACCUCGAUCUGCAUGUAGUACCUCUUCCGGUGACCUAUUGGUUAUCAUGGAAAAUGAUGACUACGUACAAACAAAAGUUGUCCGUUACUCUGGUUUCAAUCAGAAACAAAUCAUAAAGUUCGAUGGUGAAGGCAAACCUCUCUUUUCAUCUGGACCUUUUUGCAGAAAUAUUACUGAAAACAGAAACUUAGAUAUAUGUGUGUCUGACUAUAGAGCUGAAGCAGUGGUAGUAGUCAAUCAUGCUGGUAAACUGAGAUUCAGAUACACUGGACAUACUCCUGCACCAAAUAACCAACCAUUCAGUCCACGAGGAAUCACAACAGACAGUCAGAGUCACAUCCUUACAGCUGAUUAUAACAAUGAAUGUGUCCACAUCAUAGACCAGGAUGGACAGUUCCUCCGUUUUAUAGUCUGUGGACUAAGUUAUCCCCAGGGACUGUGUACAGAUACAAAUGAUAAUCUGUUUGUUGCUGAAUGGAGAAAUAUGCAAGUGAAGAAAAUCAAAUAUCUGCAGUGA